UGCUUAAAGAGUCUACGUUGUUCUGAGUUCGCUCCAUACAUUGUAUUCAUUGCGGUACCACCAGUGGUUGGUACGAAUACUGAAGACUCGGCUGAUAAGGAACCCACGGUUAGUUCUUCAUAUUGUAUUCUUUUUUGAAUGUCGGUAUUGUACAUGAAUUUCUAUUAUAUAGUUUAUAUCGUUUCGAGUUAAAUGGGUUGAAAUCUGGGAAAACAAUGUUUGCGAAACAAUAAUCGCCCAUACAAAAGAAAAUAUUUCUGUACAGGGUGUGACAAUUGCGUACUUACCUGCCGGAGAUUCGCCAAGUACCACGUACUCAGAGCUCUCACUAUCUGUUCACGUACUUACAUUUUUGUGGUUCAAUAUGACCUUUCCAAGCCCAAGUUCAAAACCGUAAUUAAGUAGGUAUAUGUGUAUCCAACAUUGUCUUGGCAUUGGAACAUGAUUGUCCUGAUGGGAUGAGAUUUUAUGGGACUGAAGAAUGUUGUAGUGUUGACAUCUGCGAACUUGCUGAUAUAUGCAAUUGUGUUCCUUGUUCUAACUUAGGUCAGUGAGUGAAUAUAGCUCUUAGAAAAAUUUCUUAGAUGUAUUUAUUUUUGGAGACGAACCAUUAGAAGAGUGAAAGGGGGUGGUGGUGGGGGGGGGGGGGUUGCUUGGUGUGCAUGUCUUUUCAGUAAUUAUUGGAGUAUACCAGUCGGGUACGGCAGAAAAUCUUGAAUUAACGCCCCCUGUUGUAUCCGUUGCAAUUUCGAGUCUUAAUUCUAGUUUGUCCAGACCUCAACUUUAUCGAUUAAGCAAAUACUGCAUUCAAUACGGUAUUAUGUAUGUAAUACAGAUAUGUUUUUAUUUAUAGGACGAAUCUCUUGUCAAACUUGCUAAAGAUUCGGAAGCUCUUUACCAGAAAUACGACUAUCUCUUCGACAUGACAAUUGUGAAUCACAAUAUAGAAGAUACGAUAACAAAUCUUGAAAGUUCCUUAGCUAAACUGCACAACUCUCCACAAUGGGUCCCUGCCUCGUGGAUAUAUUAA